CGCCCUGUGCAGCGGACCAAGGGGACUAACAGAAUGAUCUGCUAGCCACUCCGUGUUCAGGCAGAGCUUUAGAACUGCCCUCUGCUACCACGAGUGGUCCAGGGGCUUUGAUACAUCCUCUGCUAGGGGCUCAGCGUACAUCAAAAGCAGAGGAGAACCUGGGUACAGCCGGUACCCAUCACUCGCUCCCUCCGAUCGCUCCUGUAGCGUAGCCUCCGCGCCGCCGCUGAAGCCCCGAGACCUCGCCUCCAGCCCUUGGACAUGGCGAUCCUCGUGCGUCCGCGCCUCCUAGCGGCUCUCGCGCCCACGUUUCUCGGCUGCCUCCUCCUCCAAGUGACCGCGGGUGCAGGCAUUCCAGAGAAAGCAUUUAAUUUAACUUGGAUAUCAACUGAUUUCAAGACAAUUUUGGAGUGGCAACCCAAACCCACCAACUAUACCUACACUGUUCAGAUAAGCGAUCGAUCUAGAAACUGGAAAAACAAGUGCUUCUCGACCACAGACACCGAGUGCGACCUCACAGACGAGAUCGUGAAGGAUGUGACCUGGGCCUAUGAGGCAAAGGUCCUCUCUGUCCCACGGAGGAACUCAGUUCAUGGAGAUGGAGACCAACUCGUGAUUCAUGGGGAGGAGCCGCCAUUUACAAACGCCCCAAAGUUUUUACCUUACCGAGACACAAACCUCGGACAGCCAGUAAUUCAGCAGUUUGAACAAGAUGGUAGAAAGCUGAAGGUGGUUGUAAAAGACUCACUUACAUUAGUCAGAAAGAACGGUACAUUUCUCACCCUGCGGCAAGUCUUUGGCAAGGACUUGGGUUAUAUAAUUACUUAUCGGAAAGGCUCAAGCACAGGAAAGAAAACAAACAUUACAAACACCAAUGAAUUCUCGAUUGAUGUGGAAGAAGGAGUAAGCUACUGCUUUUUUGUACAAGCUAUGAUUUUCUCCAGGAAAACUAACCAAAAUAGCCCAGGAAGCAGUACAGUGUGCACCGAGCAAUGGAAGAGUUUCCUGGGAGAAACACUCAUCAUUGUGGGAGCAGUGGUGCUCCUGGCCACCAUCUUUAUCAUCGUCCUGUCCAUAUCUCUGUGCAAGCGCAGAAAGAACCGAGCAGGACAGAAAGGGAAGAACACCCCGUCGCGCUUGGCAUAGAGGAAAGGCUGAAGCCGCUAACGCUCACACUGCCUGCAUGGCACUGUUGCAGAGACCUCUGAUGGGAACCGUGCAACAUGGAGCGUGGAGCCUGCCGAUCCUAGCUCAGAGGCUGCCUUCAUGGCCUGUUACUCCAGCUAACGCUUUGAUUCCAACACUAGCAUUUGUCACUUUAGGACGAACUGAAACGGUACAAACUGGUUAACACUACAGCGCCUUUUGCACAAAUGCUUUAGAUUGUCUACACUCAGGAAGACACUAGGUCACCCAGGCAAAGCCAGUGGACAGAUGCCUUUCAUAUAACCUGGGUGGGCUUUUGGAAAAUCUUUGGGAAGUUGAUUUCAUAUGCUGUAGAACAGUAAAGUGGGAACUGGGCGGACUUUUCUAACAGUCGUACUUUUAUAAAGCGGUAUUUGGGUGUUUUUUCCCUCGAAUAGGUACUUUUGGAAGUUCAAAGCAAGUGGCAAACUUUCUUAUAAACAUGUUAAAUGCAGGAUAUUUCUGCUUGGGGCAUCUUUGUGAUUUGUACUUUCCUACAAUUUAGCACUUUAACUGACAAUGAUGGGGUUUAAACAUUUGACAGCCAACUCUAUUUUUAUACGACUACUAUACAAAGAAACUACAUAUAGUUUUAUGAUUUAAGGUACUUUAAAAUGUUUAUUGUUAACAUUGUAUAUAUUUACAUAAAAUUUAAAGGUUUUGUAUAUGGGAUUUUCUAUUUAUAUAGCUUCUAUUUGUAUAUAUUGAGAUAAUUUAUUUAAUAUACUUUUAUAUAAAUAAAGGUGAUCGGG